AUCCAAAUACAGGGAAAACAUUUUCCACUGUAGAAAAUUUAUUGCAGGACACAUUAAUGGAUGUUGUUAUAUUAACAAAUGGGCAUUGUGGUUCGUCAUGUUCGUUGAUAACUCAUCGAAUGGCGGAAAAAUUUAACGUAAGCACUAUUGCCGUUGGUGGUUAUAAAGAUACGCCAUUAUCUUACGCUUCAUUUCCUGGCAGCCAAGUUUAUGAUUUUGAUUCGAUAUACAAUGAUUUUAAUUUUUUUGGAUUAUUACAAAAUGAAACAUUGAAAGGGUUAAUUCCUCCACCGUUUAAGAUUCCAGUAACAAUAAAGAUGAUGUAUUAG